ACUCCGAACACACGUCAACCAGUGUCUGCAAAGAAAAGCAUGCGUGCGCCGAACUCUGGUCUUGCUUGCUCAAAGUGAACACCGUCCACAGCCACCAUGAUUGGCUUUUUUCUUUCUUUGUUUUCGCAAAUCUUCCAGUCAGGCUGGAUAGGUGUGAACGAGCGCACCUUUAUUGCUAUCAAACCAGAUGCCGUGCAGCGGAAACUGGUGGGUGAAAUUGUGCAGCGUUUUGAGAGAAAAGGGUUCAAACUGGUGGCACUGAAACUUGUGCAGGCAUCAGAGGAUCUUCUUAUGGACCAUUAUUGGGAUCUGCGUAGCAAGCCUUUUUUCAGUGAACUGAUUCACUACAUGAGAUCUGGUCCAGUGGUUGCCAUGGUAUGGCAGGGUCUCGAUGUUGUCAAGACAGCACGCAAAAUGUUGGGCGAGACCAAUCCGGCUGAGUCUCUCCCUGGGACAAUUCGUGGAGACUACUGCGUGGAUGUAGGAAGGAAUGUGAUCCACGGCAGCGACUCUGUUCAGAGCGCCCAAAAGGAAAUCUCUCUGUGGUUCAAAAAGCAGGAGCUUCAAAUGUGGGAGCGCAACAGCACGCCCUGGAUCUACUGAUGACGACAACACGGAUCCUGCAUUUCAGUUUUGUCAUCAGGAUGCUCACUUGUUCCAGUGUGAGUGGAGGUGUACUUAAUUCAAUUACAAUCUUGAGGGUGAAAAAGAUGCGAGGUAUGACUAUAAUUGAACACCAGCUUUGUUAUUAAUAAAUAAAAGGCUGCGAGAAAUGACACACACAGUACCAAACACUAGCUGGCUAAUAUUGCGUUUAAAUAAUGAAAAUGCACUUUGCUUCUAUAGCUCAUGCAUUCGUGCUGUGAGCAUCGUGACCAAAUUAGGAAUGAAUAAAUGUGUCCAUUGUUUACUUGAA